AUGUGGGUCCCGAGGUCCGCAGUAGUUAAAAUUGCCGCAUUCCACUACAAGGCGCGAGGCAGACGCAGCCUCCCUAUCUGGACCGGUUGUUUACUACCGCGCUGGGUACCCAAACGGACCCUUAAUCGGACGGCAUCACAUAAACACCUAUUGAAACACUUCGAUUAUGUCGUCGGGGUGCCGAAUCAUGGCUGCGCGGUGUUAUUUCGGAAGAUCGUCGACGAUCAAUGUUAUAAGUUCAAGAAUAACGAGCGGCAAGUAAAUCUCGAUAGACGAUGCGCACAGUACUGCCACUGCCCGCAGCCCGACACCGGUCCGCUGCGGCGGAGGCGACUACGGCGCCCUCUCGUGCUCGUCGCGCAAGCGCCACGCACCGAACUCGCGGCUCACCUCGCGCCUGCCACUCUCAAAAGUCAACUAAAUACCUAG